GACAUGCAAGGUACAAUGUCAGCCACACAUGGUAUUAUCUAUGUGACAUUGAUUUCAAGGAAAAGUAGAGUCGUUGGGUUGUCUCAAUCUACUUUUUCUCCAUUGUAUAUUUCUUGUGCAAUUUUAUUCCAUUAUAGUUUACUAAAAUUUCCAUCCGGUAUGGAUUCCGAGAAAAUGCAGCUUCUUCUUGAUGCUCCUGGAAUUAAAGGAAAAUCUGUCAAAAUUCUAUCCAACCAAUCUUUAAUUGAUUAUGUUCAAUCUAUCAUUCUCAAUACACAAGUUACCAAAGAUCCAUUUUAUAUUUUGGAUUUAUCAGCUACUGCUUUACUUGUUGAAAAUUGGUCUUGUCAGCUUCCUAUGAUUAAACCAUUUUAUGCUGUCAAAUGCAAUUCAGAUCCUUUGCUUCUUGCUGCACUUGCCGUGCUCGGCUGCAACUUUGAUUGCGCGAGUAAGGCCGAGAUUCAAUCUGUUUUAUCUUUCGGAGUUUCGCCUGAUCGUAUAGUCUAUGCGAAUCCUUGCAAAGCUGAAACACAUCUCAAAUAUGCUGCAAAAGUUGGUGUCAAUCUAACAACAUUUGAUUCAAAAUAUGAAAUCGAUAAGAUUUCGAAGCUGCAUCCGAGAUGUUCGUUAUUGCUCCGUAUUAAAGGUCCGCCAGAUAGUGCCUCGAAGUGGGCACCAUUAGGAUCAAAAUUUGGUGCACUUCCCGAGGAAGUUGAGCCGCUUCUCGAAGCGGCACGCGAUUGCGGCUUAUCAGUGUCAGGUAUUUCCUUUCACAUCGGUAGCGAAUCAACGAAUCCGCAUUCAUUCCGCUCAGCUAUUGCUGCUUCCAAGGUGGCAUUUGAUUGUGCUACUAAACUAGGCAUGCCGCCAAUGACUACUCUUAACAUUGGCGGCGGGUUCACUGCCGGUUCUUUUUUCGAUGAAGCGGCUACAGUAAUCAAAUCCGCUCUACUAGAUUAUUUCCCCGAUAAUCCGAAACUAACAGUCAUAUCUGAGCCGGGCAGAUACUUUGCCGAAACGGUUUUUACUCUAGCAACUAACAUUAUUGGAAAGCGUGUUCGCGGCGAAACAAGGGAGUAUUGGUUAAAUGAUGGCGUUUUCGGGUCAUUUUUAUGUGUUGCUUAUGGUAUUACACCUCCUUCGAGCAUGCCUCUCGCCUUAUCUUCAAAUCUUGCGAACCCGACGGGCGAGGGGUUGCCGAGGCACAGGUCGACAUUGUUCGGACCUACAUGCGACUCGGUCGAUAAAGUUACGGAGAACACUGAUUUGCCGGAAUUGGAGACAAAUGAUUGGCUUAUGUUUCCAAAUAUGGGUGCUUAUUCAACUGCCUGUUCAACCAGUUUCAAUGGUUUUAGUCCGGAUGUUGUCUUCACUUAUCUUGUAAUAUGAUUAUUAUUUUAAGUAAUGUAAGCUUUGUAUCAGGCAAUAUUAUGUUCUUGUUUUGUGUUUGAAA